AUGGACGACAAGAAACUCGGCCCGGGCGGCCUUGUUAUCCGGAAAGAGGGCCGCAAACCGCUCUUUGGCACGAAGCAAACGACCGCAAACGAACCAACGAGAAUACCGCCUUUGUCGCGAUCGAAGUCGAGUCCUGGCCAAGACAAAGCCUCCUCCCCCGCCAUGACGCCAGGCUCCCGUUUACCGCGCUUCGGCAGCGGCGGCUUCGGCAGCAGAAAACCAUUAUCCCUGACCGAGGCCUACAAGCUCGCGGGCGAGGAGGACAAGCCGGGCCCGAUUGACGGCUCCCCUAGCCCGGCACCGCGAUCGUGGCGACGGUUAAACGAUAAGCAGAAGUCCGUCGAUGACUCCAAGAUGCACGAGGCUGUCAACCGCAAACACGUCCCGGACGCAUCCCCUAACAAGGAGCGCAUCGCGAUGCGAAAUCGCAUUGACGACGGGAUAGGAAAAUCAAGAACGAGCCGAUGGGUGCUGGAAGAAGGCAUGCGCGACGACGCACCGCUCCCAUCGACGGAAAACGUGCCACCUGCUGCAUCCCCGGAAAAGAGCUACGCCUGGCAGGUAGACGAGGACUUUACCGCAGGUGACCUGCAAGUUUCCGACAGCCCGCGCAUACGAGUCAACCAACCGCCGUUUACAAAGCCGACGCGAUCUCCGUCGCCGCGCAAAGGCGCAACGCCUAAUGCGAAGCUCGAGGAGAUUCGGGUCCGCGAGCUGGGACUGACGCCAAACGUGGCGAGCCCACGAAAAUCAAAGCUGGACGAAAUUGUAAUACGAGAACGAGAGGCCGCGAAACAAGUCUCCCUGGAUCGUGGGUUCCCGCGCAUAGGAGCCGGGCCCACCAAGCUGGACGAGAUCAAACAGCGCGAAACCCAGGGGCUGUCGAAACGGGCCAUCUCGCAAGCUAAGCUGGAGGAAAUUAAAGAGCGCAACGCCAUGACAAGAUCGGUGUCACCAGACUCGCCGAGAAGGAAUUGGAUCACUCGUGAGGGAGUGGGUAUCCCGCGCUCCAAGUCGGCGUUUGAGCCGGUCGGACGCCAGGUGCCCGACACGCCCGUUACCAUUUACAAGUCAGACGCGGAGAGGAUCGCGGACGAAGUGCGACGAGCGGCUACGAAAAAGGCAGAAGAAGCUGCUGAAACGAAAAACCGCGCAAACAGACUAUCACCCCAAAAGCGCGACCAGUCACGCGAAUUGCUGCGCACGCUGGCCCGAGUUACGAAAGCCAGCCCAGCCGCCAAACGAGAACCUGACGAGCCGCCCGCAAAGCCCUCUACCGCUGUCAAGCAAGAGCCGCUCACGAAACCCUCUGCCGUUGCCAAGCACCAGCCGCGCGCCAGCUCUCUCAAGCGAUCAGCCCUCGACGCGAGGCGAACGUCCAACACGUCAUCUAACACCAACACGUCCAAGAGUACGUCUGACCGACCGACGGUAGGCUUCGCGGGGCUCGCGCGCUCCCGCUCUAGCGACUCGCGUAAGAGUAAGGGCUCUAGCGUGCACUCGGAACAGGACCCAACGGACCGGAUCGAGGCUGAGGAGCGGUUGUUUGCGCUCCGAGACGACUACUCCGAGCAUGGGUCAGCGCGCGCGCCGUCGCCGUGGGUGGACGAUGAGGGCGACAGAACGGAUAAUGACGCGACGCCCAAGCCGGUGAGCAGGCAGGACGUGCUGGCAAUGCCGACGCCGCGCGCGCCGGGGGCGUUUGUGGACACGCCGGUGACAUUCAAGAAGGAGGAUCGGCUGCGGCCGGGUAGUAGAAGGAUGAGCCUGGAGCAGUCGCCUGACAUCAAGCCGGAUUUAUUGGGGGACGGUAAGCGACGUAGGGACGACAUGGCACGUCUGGCACAGGGGGACGUUGAGACAGCGUCGGAUCCGGGCGUCGCGGAACAAAAGAAGAAGCCGACUCGGCCGCGCUCGGGGAGCCUGCCUAGAAGGCGGCCACCCAUCACCAACUCGGCCAAGCCGCCGACGGUGCGCGACGACUUGCGCGACCUACAGCGACUCCAUAACAUUCGCGACUCGACGCUGGACAACCUGGAGGAUAUUUUGCUGGGCAAGAAGACGACGAGCGAGAAGCUGGACGCGCUGCUGCGGGAGACUGCGGCGAUUGCUGCGGCGGAGGCCAAGCUGGGGGAAAAGAGUGAGCUGGACGCGGACCUGGACGAGCUCGCCGCGUAUGAAGCGCUGAGCGCAUCUGUUGAGCGCGAUCUCGGGGUGCACAAGGACGGCAGGAUAAAGGUGGAGGCGCCACUGGCGAAAACAACAUCACAAACUGACGAGACGCAUCUCAACGAGGACGAAAAGUCGAGCGAAAAAAUUGAGAGACUCAACAACGUGCUCCAGCAACAACAGAGUGAAAACGGCAUCAAAGUUGAGGAUCUCAAAUUCGAAGACAAGGCGAAAGGCAAAACCUACAUCUCGGCCAAAGACACCAAGGCUAAAGAUAACAAAGCUAAGGAUAGCAAAGAAAAGCACGACCACGCGAUGGAUCUCGAUUGCCCCCUUUGCGUCAGCCAGCCGUCCACGCCCACUGUCGCCUACCUGCACCUCCCCCUCCCGCGUCUCUUCCACCUAUCGCCACGCCCGCGCCUGACGCUGCUCGGCCUCGUGCUGUGCGCGCUGUCGCUGUGGUGGGCGGUCGAGACGGCCAUGUGCGGGCUGUACUGCCGGCCGACGACGUGCUCGUCAGGCCCCGCGCCGUGCGUCUGGUCCUUUGACGACCCGGCGGGCUUCGGCGCCGCGCUGCCCGUCAAGUUGGACCAGUGGGCGACGGGCGGCCGCGGGCGCGCCGCGUGGGCGGCGGUCAGGGAGGAGCUGGCGGACGCGCUGGACGGGGUCUGGGGCGCGGGCGCGGUGGACGUGCAGGGGAUGACGCCGGCGCAGCGUAGGCGGCACAACAGGCGAAGGGCGGCGAAGAGCAAGGCCCCGGGGCUGAGCGAGGAGCAGAGGGCAAAGGUGGACGCGUGGCGCAAGGAGCGCGAGGCGAGGGAUAGGGGGCGGUACGUGGACGAAGGGGCCUUGGGUGGCGAUGAGCCCAUGUGGUAG